AUGGACGAAACUCAAUAUACAGACAAUGCAUUGCAAAUAAUUACCAAUGCAACACAAUUAGCAAAAGAUAAUGCUCAUUCACAAUUGGUUCCCUUGCAUUUCCUUGCUGCAAUGGUUCCAACUGAUGAUACAGAACACUCAACUCCCUAUUUGAAAACCUUAAUUCAAAAGGGUAGAUUUGAAUGGGCUCCAUUUGAAAGAGCUGUCAAUAAACAUUUGGUUAGACUCCCUUCACAGUCGCCUCCUCCUGAAGACUUGAGACCAAGUUAUGCUGCUGGACAAGUAUUAACAAAAGCAAAUAAGAUCAAGCAACAACAAAAGGACAACUACAUUGCACAAGAUCAUAUUUUGUUAGCAUUGUUGGAAGAUCAAUCCAUUAAGGAUGUUUUCAAAGAAGCUGGUAUAAAUGUUGACUCUAUCAAGACUCAAGCAAUUGAAUUAAGAGGAUCACAACGAAUUGAUUCGAGACAAGCUGAUUCUUCUUCCUCAUAUGAAUUUUUGGGUAAAUAUUGUGAAGAUCUUACUGAAAAAGCAAGAGAAGGGAAAAUAGACCCAGUUAUCGGUAGAGAAGAAGAAAUCAGAAGAGUGAUUAGAGUUCUUGCCAGAAGAACAAAGUGUAACUCUGUAUUGAUUGGUGAUGCUGGUGUUGGUAAAACAUCUAUUGUUGAAGGAGUUGCGCAAAGAAUUAUUGACGGUGAUGUUCCUAACGUUUUGGCAAACGCUAGGUUGUUCGCUCUUGAUUUGGGUGCAUUAACAGCUGGUGCAAAAUACAAGGGUGAAUUUGAAGAAAGAAUCAAGGGUGUUUUGAACGAUAUUGAAAAGUCGAAGGAAUUUAUCAUCUUAUUCAUUGAUGAAAUACAUAUGCUUAUGGGUGAUGGUAAAUCUGAUGCUGCUAAUUUAUUAAAACCAAUGUUAGCCAGAGGUGCGUUACAUUGUAUUGGUGCUACUACUUUUGCGGAAUAUCGUAAGUAUAUUGCCAAGGAUGGUGCAUUUGAAAGAAGAUUCCAAAAGAUUGAUGUUCCAGCUCCUACUGUCAAUGAAACGGUUGCCAUUUUGAGAGGGUUGCAACCAAAGUAUGAAAUUCAUCAUGGAGUUCGUAUUUUGGAUAGUGCCUUGGUUACUGCUGCCCGAUUAGCUUCUAGGUAUUUGACAUAUAGAGCCUUACCUGACUCAGCUGUUGAUCUUGUUGAUGAAACUGCAGCCGCAGUUGCUGUUGCAAGAGACUCAAAGCCAGAGGAGUUGGACAAUAUCGAAAGACAAUUGCAUUUGGUUGAAGUUGAAAUAAAUGCACUUGAAAGAGAUAAAGAUGCUGAUGCUGCUUCUAAGGAUCGUUUGGUGCUUGCAAAGAAGAAACAAGCUGAAUUGGAAGAGAAGUUGGCUCCUCUUAGAGAAAGAUAUAGUCAAGAACGGGCAGGACAUGAUUUAUUGAUUGCUGCCAAAAGAAAAUUAGAGGAGUUGGAAGUGAAGGCACAAGAUGCAGAAAGAAGGCAUGACACUGCAACUGCUGCCGAUUUGAGAUACUUUGCAAUCCCGGACGUUGAAAAGCAGAUUGAAGAGUUAGAAAGAAGAGUUGCUGAGGAGGAAUCCAGUAGUGACUCUAUGUUACGUAAUGCCGUUGGUCCUGAACAAAUUUGUGAAACUGCAGCUAGAUUAACCGGAAUUCCAGUCACCAAAUUGACACAAGCUGAAAAUACUAGAUUAAUCAAUAUGGAGAAGGUGUUAUCUUCUGAAGUUGUUGGCCAAUCUGAGGCAGUGAAGGCUGUUUCAAAUGCAAUUAGAUUGAACAGAUCAGGGUUAUCCAAUCCUAACCAACCAUCAUCGUUCUUAUUUUUGGGUCUUUCUGGUUCUGGUAAGACCGAAUUAGCCAAGAAGUUAGCAGGAUUUUUAUUCGCAGAUGAAAAAGCUAUGAUUAGAAUUGAUUGUUCAGAAUUAGGUGAUAAGUGGUCGGCUUCGAAAUUGUUGGGUGCUGCUCCUGGUUAUGUUGGUUAUGAGGAAGGUGGUAUUCUUACAGAACAAUUAUUAAGAAGGCCAUAUUCAGUUGUUUUAUUUGAUGAAGUUGAAAAGGCAGCUCCAGAAGUUUUGACUGUUUUGUUGCAGGUUUUAGAUGAUGGGAGAGUUACAUCUUCUCAAGGUAAAGUUGUUAAUUGUUCCAAUGCAAUCUUUGUUAUGACUUCGAACUUAGGAGCACAAUACAUCAAUGCAUCCAAGGGAAACAAGAUUGAUCCUGAAACUAGAGAGUUGGUUAUGGGUGCUGUUCGUGCUCAUUUCAGACCUGAGUUCUUGAAUCGUAUUUCGAGCACAGUGAUAUUCAACAGAUUGUCAAGGAAGGCCAUUGCUAAGAUUGUUAAAAUCAGAUUAAGAGAAAUAGAGGAAAGAUUUGCUGCUAAUUCUAAGACUAUCAAGUUGAAUCUUGAUGAUGCAGCAUUGGAAUACUUGUGCAAGAACGGUUGGUCUCCUAAUUUAGGAGCUAGGCCAUUGAACCGUCUUAUUCAACUGGAAAUUUUGAAUAAGCUUGCAGUUCUCUUGUUGAAGGGUCAAAUAAGAGAUAAAGAGACUGCACAUGUGGUUUUGGGAGAAAAGGGUUUAGAUGUGUUGCCAAACCAUGAACCAGAAGAUGUAGAAAUGGGCGAUGUGGAUGUUGACAAUUGGGAAGAUACAGACGAUGAAGAUGAUGAUGAUGACUUCACUCGUAUCACAUCUCCUGAUAUCGAUUAA